AUGGUACGAACUGACCCGCAGACGAUGGGAAUCCCCUGGCGACAAAGAUCGAAGUCGUCAUUUUGGCGAUAUUGGGAAUCUCCCCGCCUUGCAUUUUUAUGGGAGUGCUUGCACGAUGUGGCAUGGGAUGGCUCAUGCUGCGACAUGUCGUCGAGCCGCAAUGCCAUGGGACACACGUACAUAGGAAUAUAUUACUUCGAAGGAAGCAAACCCGUGUGGGUUGCCAACCGCCACGACGCAUUGAUUCAUAGUUCCGAAGGUCUUGUAAUAGACAGAUAUGAUGGUAACUUGAAAAUUUUACAGGAUUGGGGAAAUCCUAUUGCUGUAAUUUCGGUUCAAGGAGCAAAAAAUACAGUUGCUACUCCAUUGGAUUCUGGCAAUUUUGUCUUACGAGAAAUAAAUUCAAACGGAACUAAAGGACGAGUGCUGUGGCAAAGCUUUGAUUAUCCGACCGAUACACUUCUGCCAGGGAUGAAACUGGGAUUCAAUUUGAAACCUGGGCAUACAUGGUUUCUACAAUCAUGGAUUACCAAUGACUCUCCUGAGCCAGGGUCGUAUACCCUUGGCAUGAACCCCAAUGUCACAAACCAGCUGAUAAUAAAUGGACGCUUCGACUUCUCUUCCUCGAAAGCUGAUGCUUCAACUUUCAAAUACAACUUUAAUUACACUUCCAAUGAAGAAGAAAUCUACUUCAGUUGUUCAGAAAAUGCUUCCGCGUUAAAAAUUACUGCAGACGGUGUAAUUCAAGAGAUCAGAAAUAAUGGGUAUGAUAUUGGUAAUGUGUAUCGUGAAGCAUGCAUAUCAUCUAUUGGUAAUUUCCAUGAGUCUAUUAAAUAUUAUUUCGUAUCUGAAGAAGGAUCUAAGUUCAACGAAAAUGACAGAAUGAACUACGCUGAUUGUCUGGCCGAAUGCAUAAAAAGCUGUUCCUGUGUUGCUUUUGGCCCCAUAUAUAUGAAAAACCACACCGGCUGUGAGAUCUGGAAGGUGGGGACGAAUUUAACAUAUUCUGACACAUACAAGGACGGUUCAGGGCGCAUAUACAUCCUUCACGGAGUGGAGGAGUCAUUAACCAACCAAACAGAAAACAUGCGGUUGCCAGGUUCAAACACUACAGAGGAGAAUUGGUGGCGGUCAUUCAUAAUUGCGGUAGGAGUAGGUUUGGUGCUACCUCUUUUGUCCUACUUAUGUUAUUGGAUAUGGAGAGAAUACAAGGCUAGAGUGGAACGCAUAAUGAACCGAAAGAAACUAUUACAAGAAAUUGGAGAAAAAAUGUCAAUUCCCACCACACGACAAAGGAAAAACACAAAACAAAGAUCAGAGCAUGAACAUGAGUUGAAGAUAUUCGAUUUUACGACAACUGCUGCAGCCACAGACAAUUUCUCAACUGCAAAUAAGCUUGGAGAGGGUGGUUUUGGUCCAGUUUAUAAGGGACAAUUGCUAGAUGGACUAGAAAUAGCGAUAAAGAGACUCUCAAGAAGAUCAGGACAAGGCAUAGUGGAGUUCAAGAAUGAAGCUAAACUCAUUGCAAAACUCCAGCACACUAAUCUUUUGAGGCUUAUAGGAUGUGCUCUCCAUGGAGAGGAAAGAAUUUUGGUAUACGAGUAUAUGCCUAACAGGAGUUCGGAUUCUUUUAUUUUUGAUUCUACUGAUAGAAGGAACCUACUAAAGUGGAAAAUUCGUUUCAAUAUAAUUGGAAGGAAUGCUCAAGGAUUGAUUUAUCUCCAUAAAUAUUCAAGAUUAAGAGUAAUUCGUAGGGACUUGAAAGCUGGUAACAUUUUACUUGAUGAGCAAUUGAAUCCAAAAAUAUCUGAUUUUGGCAUGGCUAAAUUUUUUGGAACAAAUGAUUCUGAAGCUAACACAAACAGAGUUGUCAGAACAUAUGGUUAUAUGUCUCUAGUAGCCAUGAGCAGCAUCGUCUCAACGAAAAUUGAUGUUGUUGUGAUUAAAAUCCUUUUUCUGAAAAUUGUCAGCAGCAAGAAAAAUAAUAGUAGCUACGACACAGAGCGCCCAUUCAAUCUUAUAGGAUAUGCAUGGCAAUUGUGGAAUGAAGGUAAAGGUUUAGAGCUGAUAGACCCAACACUACAUGAAUCAUGUUCUCCGAAUGAAGUGCUCAGAUGCAUUCAUGUCGGCCUCUUGUGCGUACAAGAUCAGGCAAACUGUCGACCCACAAUGUCCGAUGUUGUUUCCAUGCUUACAAAUGAGACCAUGUCUCUUCCUGCUCCUAAACCACCAGCCUUUUUUAUAAAUGUUAAUUCUGAACCCCCAGAGGUUCCUGAAUAUAACUCAAAAACUUGGAAUCAGAGAUUUGAUAGGCAUUCAGUGGGAAGACCUGCUCCAGCAGCAUCCUUUGAUUUAAAGGCCUCAGCUUUCGAUCCCAAGGAAAAGCCUUCAUAUUCUCAGACGGAGAGAGACAGUAUAAUGCCAGGCAAACUGCUUUCAGAUGGGGAAAAUCUGGUUUCAGCUAAUGGGAUAUUCGGGCUUGGUUUCUUCGGUUCUUGGGAAAAUCGUUACUUAGGAAUAUGGUACAAUAAGGGAGAUACAAAAGGGGAACCCUGCGCGACUCCUUCUGGCAGGUGUCAGCCAGUGUGGGUUGCCAACAGGAACAACCCUCUCUCUGAUACUUAUGAAGGAAGUCUUAUUAUAGACCACACUGAUGGCAAUCUGAUUUUAGUCAACGGAAACGAAAUUAUUGCAACAAGUUCGAUUCGAGUAGCUGGUAAUACAAGUGCUACUCUACUUGACUCUGGCAACUUUGUGCUAUAUGAAAUGAAUUCGAAUGGAUCUACUAGGCGAGUGCUGUGGCAAAGCUUUGACUAUCCCACUGAUACACUUCUGCCUGGAAUGAAACUAGGAGUUAACUUGCAAACUGGGCGCAAAUGGUUUCUUCAGUCAUGGAUUUCCGAGAAUUCUCCUGCCCAAGGGUCAUUUACCCUUAGCAUGGAUCCCAAUGUCUCAAAUCAGUUGAUCAUGAGUAGGCGUGGGGAUGUCUACUGGACGAUUGAAAAUUCAAUGAUCAAGAUAAAAUAUGACGAUACACUUAGAGAUGACAACGACAUAAUUGUUUCACCAUGUGACGAUUUUAUGCGCGAUGAUUCGUGUUGGGAUGGGAAGGUUCCCUCGUGCAGGUCAAGUGUUUUUAGUUUCACGGUCAAAUAUGGUUUCAUGUCGAGUGUGGGUUUCAAGUUCGAAGAAAGUGACAACAUGACCUCGUUUGAUUGCUUUGCCAAAUGCUUCAAUAAUUGUUCUUGUGUUGCCUUUGCUAAUGAUACUGGCUGUGAGAUCUGGGGCACAGGGACAAACUUCACGGAGUCUGACGACAACUAUUAUUCUCAUCAAAUAUUCACCAUGAACGUCGAACCGCCGGAAAUCCAAAGAAUUAAACCGGAAAUUGAUGGAGUACCCAGAGAAAAGAAUGAGUUGCCCCGGUCGAUAUGGAUAAUCAUUGCAAUAGCAGUCGUGUACUACCCCAUGAGCUAUCUAGGAAGGAGAUUAAAAUACGAUCGCGAGUGUAGAGGUAUGGAUGAGAGUUGUGAAGCUGUGUUUGAGCCAUCAAAGCUUGAUUGUGCAGAUGAGCAGCAGUAUGGGCAGUGGCUGAGUUUGGUUGACCAUCAACAUGUCCAACUAUGGAUCCAGGUGUUGGAGACAUUCCUGAAGCUUCUAAGUGAUGAUUAUGCACAUACUGAUGACCACCAUGAGUGCCCACUGGAUAAUAUAGGAUCAAGCUUAGAUUCUAACCUAGUUGUGAUAUUCACAACAGCUGCAUCAUAUUCAUACUCUAAACCAUCAAGAAUUUUUGGUGAAAUUGUUGGAAGUGUGGGCGAAUACAUUGAAGAUGGGUUGAUGAGAUUAACAGUGUCUGGGAUUUUGUUCGAAUUGUUGAAUGAGGAAGGAUUUGAAGAGGAAUCAGCCAUUAGUGAUGUUUUGGAACGCAUAAGGAAACGAAGGAAGUUAUUACGCGAACUUGGAGAUGAUGUAUCUCUUCCCCAAACAUCUGGUGUCGGUAGAACACAAGAAACAGAUCAGAAUGUGAAGCACGAGCUGAAGUUAUUUGAUUUUCAAACCAUUGUUGCUGCUACAAACAACUUCUCAACUGCAAAUAAGCUAGGAGAGGGUGGUUUUGAUCUAGUUUUUAAGGGCCAAUUGCUAGAUGGGAAAGAAAUAGCAAUAAAGAGACUCUCAAGAAGAUCGGGACAAGGAAUACUGGGAUUCAAGAAUGAAGCUAGACUCAUUGCAAAACUCCAGCACAAUAAUCUUGUUAGGCUUUUAGGAUGCUCACUCCAUGGAGAAGAAAGAAUUUUAGUCUAUGAAUACUUGCCUAACAAAAGCUUGGAUUUCUUCAUUUUUAAUUCUGAUAGAAAGAUUCUAUUAAAUUGGAAGAAGCGCUUCAACAUAAUUGAAGGGAUUGCUCAAACAUAAUUGAAGGGAUUGCUCAAAGACUUUUACCUUCACAAAUAUUCAAGAUUAAGAGUGAUUCACAGAGACUUAAAAGACAACAUUUUGCUCGAUAACCAGAUGAAUCCAAAAAUAUCUGAUUUUGGAAUGGCUAAAAUUUUUAGAUUUGAUGAACAGGAAGCAAACACGAAUAGAGUUGUUGGAACAUAUGGCUAUAUGUCUCCAGAGUAUGUCAUGAAUGGUGUUGUCUCAAUCAAAACUGAUGUUUUCAGCUUUGGAGUCUUAGUACUGGAAAUUGUAAGUGGCAAGAAGAACAAUGGUUGCUAUCAUACUGAACGUCCACUCAAUCUCGUAGGAUAUGCAUGGCUGCUGUGGAAUGAAGAAAAAGGCUUAGAGCUCAUAGAUCAGGACUUGGAUGGAUCAAGUUCUCCUAAUGAAGUACUAAGAUGCAUUCAUGUAGGUCUCUUGUGUGUGCAAGACCAAGCAACAGAUAGACCCACAAUGUCUGAUGUUGCUUCCAUGCUUACGAAUGAAUCUUUACUCCUGCCUGCACCAAAACAACCAGCAUUUUAUAUCAAUGAUACUACUGAAGUGCCAAUAAUAGCUGAAAUUAACUCAGAAAAUUGUUCAACUAAUAAUGUAACAAUUUCCGAGAUGGAGGCUAGAUAA